AUGAAAAAUCUGUGUAGUUCUUAUUUUGUACAUAUGCUUCUGGUUUCAAGGAGAAUUCUUACUCCUUUUGGAAUUACCAUCUUUAAACAUUGUAGAUCCCAAUCUCUUGUGUAUUUGCAUCAAAUACUGUUUUUCGAAUGCUUAUCAUGUAUAAUACUAAACUCCCUGCCCCCUACUUCUUCUGUCACAUGUGUUGUUCCUUUGUCAUCAGUGAGCUCCAGAAAACACAACUGCAAGGUAGAGAAUAGUUGCCACUUAGUUAGCAUUUUAGUUAGCAGUGUAGACAUGUUAGUAAUACUAUAA